GGGCGGCGGAGCCCGGGGAGCGGCGGCGGCGGAGGAGGAGGAGGAGGCGGAUAAUAAGGCGGAGAAUGUAGCAUCUGGAGGCCACUGGUGCCAUUUCCCCCUCUGGAGCUCCCUUUCGGUCAUUGCAUUCUCACCCAGGAUGACGUGGCUCGCCGUGUGAACCCAGACACCUUUGCUCUUUGUCCCUCUGAAUGGUUCAGGAGACUCGGGCAGCAGCAGGAUGGACAGAAUGACGGACGAUGCCCUGAGGCUCCAUCUGCUGAAGCGAGGACUGGACCGGGCUGAGGAGCGGGAUGACAUGGUGGCCAAGAGGCUGAAGAUGGAAGGGCACGAGGCCAUGGAGCGGCUAAAGAUGCUGGCCUUGCUGAAGAGGAAGGACCUGGCCGGCCCCGAGAUGCCCCAGGACCUGGUGGUCAAAUCCGAGCACCAGAAGGCGGGCGAGGAGAAGAUGAAUGGCAGCCUGAAGCCUCGGCCGGAAAUCCGCAAUGUGGUCAAAGCGGGCAAGGAGAACAUGGGGGACGAACCCGUUGACAUGAGUGCGCACAAGAGUGACGUGGACAGAGAGCGGAGCACCCCCUCACCAGACAUCAUCGUGCUGUCAGACAACGAGGCCUCCAGCCCUCGAGCCAACGGCAGGUUCGAGGACCGGAUCAAGGUGGCAAACUUGGAGAUUUUCAAGGGCAAGGGCCCCGAGGAGCGGCAGAUGAUUAUCAAGCAGCUUCGGGAUGAGCUGCGGCUAGAGGAGGCCAGGCUGGUGCUGCUGAAGAAACUCCGCCAGAGCCAGAUACAGAAAGAGAACGUGGUGCAGAAGGUUCCUGUUGUGCAGAACGCACCAUCAGUCGUCCAGCCCUCGCUGGCUCAAGGCAGUCAGCAGGUGCUGUCCAAACCACCAUCCCGGCCCAUCUCUCAGGUAUUGGACCCUCAGAACCUGCGAGGAGCUCAGGGUCACCCGGUUAUCAGGUCGGUUCCCAGCAGCACCUUGCCGCAGCUGCUCAUGUCCCAGCGAGUGAUCGCACCGAGCCCGGCUCAGAUGCAGAACAUGAGGCUCGCCAAACCAGGUCUCAUCCACAGCCCGCUGUCUAGUCAGAAUCCAGCCAAUUCCUACCAGAAGCAGGCCAGCUCGUCCAUCCCGUCACCCCGGACCACUCCGUCCACCAUCUACAUGAACGUCUCGCCCCAUGUGCAGUCCAGCAUGACCACAGCGGCGGGGGCGGGGCCCAGCCCAGGCCUGUCCAGCCCCGGCAGCCUGAGCGACCCAGCCAGCAGCCAAGCCGCCGCCAAGCUGGCCCUGCGCAAGCAGCUGGAGAAGACGCUGCUGGAGAUCCCACCGCCCAAGCCCUCGCCCCCGCUGCUCAACUUCCUGCCCAGCGCGGCCAACAACGAGUUCAUCUACAUGCUGGGCCUGGAGGAGGUGGUGCAGAGCGUCAUCGAGAGCCAAGGGAAGGGGCGCUUCCGGCUGUCGCAGAUCGACCCGUUUGUGUGUUCGCAGUGUCGGACGGACUUCACCCCUCACUGGAAGCAGGAGAAGAACGGCAGCAUCCUGUGUGAGCAGUGCGUGACCUCCAACCAGAAGAAGGCGCUGAAAGCUGAGCACACCAACCGGCUGAAGACGGCGUUCGUCAAAGCUUUGCAGCAGGAACAGGAAAUUGAGCAGCGGAUACAGCAGCAAGCGGCGACAGUGUCGGCACCCCCUACGUCCGCCUCAGGCGUGCCGAUGAACAAACCUGAACCCGUGAUCAGGCACCACCCUCUCCGGCAGCAACCGCCUCAGUCACAGUCGUCACUCCAGCGAGGCCUCCACACCUCCGCCCGUAGCGUGCUCUCCAACUUUGCCCAGGGCCCCCAGCUGCACGUGGCCAGCGGUCUCUUAGGCAUGCCAGGUAAGCAUGCAGUGCGGAGCGGAGCCCCGAGCCGAGGACGAAGGCCGUACUUCACCAGUUCAGGGGUCAACAUGUCUUACAUGAACGCUGGAGUCGGAGGUCAGAAGGGGUCGACUCUGGCGGAUCGUCAGCGCGAGUACCUGCUGGACAUGAUCCCACCCAGGCCCAUCUCGCAGUCCGUCAGCACGCAGAAGUGAAGAGCUGCCCCCGUCGCAUGCAGUGCCUGUACUGGUGCCUAGUUACUUAACCCAUCGCUUUGGGGAGCCAACGCUCCACCCCUCCCCCCCCCAACCCUCUCCCCUCCUCUCCCCUCCCCAAUAUUAUUGUACUUUGUGUCUAUUGCUAACUUUGUUGUCAGGAUGGCGAGAUGGGCUUCUCUGGCCCGCUUCAGCUCACACAAGGCCGCAAAGCAAGUGUCAGAUUUCAGAAACGUGGAGGUGUGUGUGUACGUGUCUGCCUGUGAGUGUGUGUGUGUGUACGUGUCUGCCUGUGCGUGUCUGCCUGUGUGUGUGCGUGUCUGCCUGUGUGUGUGUGUGUGUGCGUGUCUGCCUGUGUGUG